AUGGAAGUUUUGAAAAUGAUUGACGCUUAUUUUCGGACUUCUAAUGGUACAAAGAGAAAGAUCGACGAUGAAAAAGACGAGGAAUCGUUUAAGAUAAAGAAGAACAAAGAUAGUGUCAAUUUUCAAUUCUUUGAUAGUUUAAUGUUUACAAAACCAUCUCAGCUAAAAUGGCAAAAAAUUAAAUCCGAAAACCUUGAUCUGGACUAUGUUCAGCUUUUCUCCAAUCCAGAGGCGAAUAAGUUAUUCCAGGAAGCAGAAAAAGUAAUCAAAUAUGAUUCUGUUAGCAAGGUAUUCGUGUUUGGGAAAUACCACAGUGUACCAAGAAGACAGACUUCGUUUGGUGAUGAAGGCCUGAAAUACACAUUCUCUGGUGUGACUGUGACCCCACAGCACUGGAAGGAAGCACCGUUCCUGCAAGACCUCCGUGACUAUCUGGUGGAUAUAACCGGGCAAACAUUUAACUUUGUGUUGGUAAAUCGUUACAAGGAUGGAAAUGACCACAUGGGGGAGCACCGUGAUGACGAAAAAGAGCUCGUUAGAAGUAGUCCCAUAGCCUCGUUAUCUUUUGGGCAGGCACGGGACUUUGUAUUUCGCCAUAAAGACUGCAGAGGCCGUACCAGCACAAGAAACAUUGAUCCAGUAAAGCUAGAGCUUCAAAAUGGAAGUUUGUUGUUAAUGAAUCAUCCAACAAAUCAUUACUGGUACCAUUCCAUACCUGUUAGGAAGAAAUUGGUAUGCCCUCGUAUAAACUUUACUUUCCGACACAUGCUAGUCAACUGAGGAAAGAUGUUAACCCCACAAAUUAAUUGUAUUCUGGACGCUUACAUCUAAAAAAAUAUUUUUUUAUUCAAAAUAUACAUUGUUUGUACAUUUCAGACUUCUUUUCAAAGAAUAUUUGAAAGUCUGCUUGUGUAUUCUAAAAGCACUGUUAGUAAUCAUGAAGAGCUUUUCUAGUAAAAAAAUCAUUAGUUAUUUAUAUUAUUUCCUUGUAUGUACACAUGCUAAUUGCUGUAAACAUCAAAACAUGCAGAAAUUAUGUUAUUUAAGUUAUUAAACAUAUUUACUCUGAGUAUAUUUACUCUGAGUAUCAAUGCUA